AUGUCCAUUGGGUUCUGUCAAUUAAGACACGGCGUACGGAGUACUUGUGACGUUCAGCAGGAUACCAAGCUCUUGAUUGAGGGAUCUGCACUCCCCCAAGAUAUGAAGACUGUGCCCCAUAUGCCUUUCUGUCUUCAGCAGGAUUGUGUCUCUACCACCGAAGAUAUCACCACCCCCUGCCUCUUCAACCUGUUUUCCCUAAUGUAUUCUCCCUGUGAACUACCUCAGAAGCCCAGGAAGAUGUCGCGGCCAAACUUGAGGACGCUGCUCCCAAGCAAGCCAAAAAGCCGAAUGAGCGAACGUUAUCGGACGCUAGAUGAGGUCGCUCCAAGAACUCUUGUAAUGGCCAUUCGGCCUAUCUCGCAGCCUUUAGUCCAUCCCCAGCAAAUGCUUGCUCCCCUCUAG